AAGACCAACUCAACUAAGUUACUGGUAGGUAAUUACGAAAAUAAGUUCGAGCGAUAAACAGCACCUCUUCAACUCGGAAUCCCAACAAAAUGAAAUACGUGUCGGUUUUUUAUAUUCUAUGUCUGGCUUGUCAUCUGUCAACAGCAGCCAAACCAGCACGCAAUGUACCUGCUACUAACUCGACACCUGUGGGACCAAAUUUAGUACAAGAAUUACAAGAGCUCCAGGGUUUAAUAGCUAUAAAACCAAUUAAGGAAUUGGUUGCACGCUAUUUACUUAACGACGAACAGUUCCAAUCUAUUAUACGUUCUAUAAAUACUAACGAAGCUUUUAUGCUACGUGUACGCUUUAUGCAACAGCCAGAAGUAAUAACGCUUAAAGCCUGGAUACGCAUGCAGAUGAUGUAUUUAGAAGACUCGCUAGAAAUGGACAAAUCUAUCGAAAUGAAUAUUUUCAAUCCAUUAUCUUACUGGUCAAAUAGCGUUUUUGGUUGGCCAGGAUUUGUUGCUGAAUUUUUUGCCUACUAUCCCGAACAACUUGUACGUAGUCAUAUUGCUGCCAAAGUUGCACAGAAUGGAACAUUUGCUCAGCUAUGGACACGUGUAACAGCUGUGGGAGCAGCUUAUAAUCGUGUUAUGUCUUUUCCUGCAUCACAAGUAGUUAUCGCUCAACUUGAAGCAAUAGGCGUUAAUACUACUGAAAUCGAUCAGUUCAUUCGUACACAACUUGAUUGGGUCAAAGUUAAUGCCACUACACCAACAUCAGGGCCAGUAGCUUCUGCAGCAUAUGGACCACUUACAUAUGGAUCAUCUAUAUAUGGACCUCCAAUUCAAUACUAAAUUUAAUAUUAAAGUAAAAUAUUUAUUUAUAUUAUGGCGGCUAUUUUUAACUUAAUAUUUUA